GUUGGCUCUGCUUACCACAGCACUUGCACAGCAAAGACCCUCCAACCUCUACUUCCUUGACCCCGGUCGCCGGUGAUGCUCUUGCUGUGGCGUUGUUAACGUCGGAACCUUCCAAAGUUCCAGCUCCUACCUAGCCUUGAUCUUCGUCCCGUCCCCCAGUCUCCAAUUCUUUUUUUUUCCUCUCUUGAGCCCCCUCGUUCGCAUUCCCUUCUACUCCGCGCAUUUAUAAAUUGGAAUUCGCAUCCACCCGGGUUGCUCUCCGUUUUCCACGAUUCCCACCUCCAUUGCUUGCUCGUCGCGAAUCGUAUCACCCCACUGUGCCGAGCUACAACAACGGCAGUAGACAAGAUGCCCGGCAGCUCCCGCAUUCCCGCAAGCUUGCGCGAAGGACUGAACCAAGUCAAGCGUAGUCGACAGGCGAGUCCAUUGUUGGUCCUGAACCUCGACUUGUUGCGCAACAUCAUUUUCUUCCUCUUCGUCUGGCGAUGGACGCGCAAGACGUUUCUGAAGCUCAAGGGCCGCGGCCUGAUUGGCAGCAUUGUCGAGAUCUACAUUGAUAUCCGUAGAGUUCUGUAUGGCUACUUCCUGCGCGCCCCCGGUGUCCGCGGCCAGGUCCAGAAGCAGGUCAACGAGACCAUGGCGAAACUGCAGACCAAGAUGAUCCCCGCGAACCUCACCCGAUACCUGACCCUACCCAAGGAGGGCUGGUCCGAAGACGAUGUCCGAAAGGAACUUGAUACUCUGGCGAACAUGGACCACACGAGAUGGGAGGAUGGCUUUGUCUCUGGCGCCGUCUACCACGGCGAGGACGAGCUGUUGAAGCUGCAGACUGAGGCGUUUGGCAAGUUCACCGUCGCGAACCCCAUUCAUCCGGAUGUCUUCCCGGGCGUGAGGAAGAUGGAGGCUGAGGUUGUUUCCAUGGUUCUGUCCAUGUUCAACGCUCCUCCCGGCGCUGCCGGUGCCACCACCAGUGGUGGUACUGACAGUAUCUUGUCGGCUUGCCUCGGCGCGCGCCAAAGAGGAUACUUUGAGAAGGGUAUCACUGAGCCUGAGAUGAUCUUGCCAGAAACCGCUCAUACUGCGUUCCGUAAGGCCGGUGACUACUUCAAGAUCAAGAUCCACUACGUCUCCUGCCCUGCGCCCAACUACCAAGUCGAUGUCCGUGCCGUCUCCCGCCUGAUCAACAGCAACACGGUUCUGUUGGUUGGCUCCGCACCGAACUUCCCUCACGGCAUCAUUGAUGACAUCAGCGCUCUAUCCAAGUUGGCUAUCAAGAAGAAGCUGUGCCUCCACGUCGACUGCUGCCUCGGUUCCUUCAUGGUCCCCUUCUUAGACAAGGCCGGUUUUGAGACCGAGCUCUUUGAUUUCCGUCUCAAGGGCGUCACGAGCAUCAGCUGCGACACCCACAAGUAUGGAUUUGCGCCCAAAGGUAACUCUACGGUUUUGUACAGGUCCGCAGAACUCCGCAAAUACCAGUACUACGUGUCGCCAGAUUGGUCUGGCGGUGUGUACGGUUCUCCUGGUAUGGCCGGUUCGCGUCCAGGUGCCCUGAUUGCCGGUUGCUGGGCUAGUUUGAUGAAGGUCGGUGAGGCUGGUUACAUUGACGCUUGUGUCAAGAUCGUCGGCACUACCAAGAAAAUCAUUGAGAAGAUUCGCGAGACACCAGCGCUGGACAACGAGCUGGAGAUCUUGGGCAAGCCUCUGGUGUCCGUUGUUGCCUUCACCGCCAAGAAUCUCAACGUUUACGACAUUGCCGACGGCAUGUCAGAGAAGGGCUGGCACUUGAACGCUCUUCAGAACCCUCCUGCAAUCCACGUCGCCGUCACUCUUCCGAUUACCAAGGUCUACGAGAAGUUGUUGGCCGACCUUGAGGCUGUUGUCGAGGCCGAGAAGGAAAAGGAGAGAGUUCGCGCCGUUGAGGGUAAGGGUGUCAAGGGCAAGGCCGUCGGUGACUCGGCUGCUUUGUAUGGCGUUGCCGGAUCCCUGCCGAACAAGAGCGUGGUUGUUGACCUGGCCAACGGAUUCUUGGACUUGUUGUACAAAGCAUGAAGAAGGAAGCAGAAAAUCGGUUGGGAGUUUUGUAAGUGCAUUAGCUGGCGAGCAUUCGAUCAGGACUCGGGUUUGACAAAACCCCAGUAACAUAUAACGGUGUAACAUAUCUAUUUAUUCAGCGUCUCUUUUUGCCUUUCACCGAUAUCGCUCCCACUUUGCUCUGCUGACCAUACCAAGCUUACCAAGCUAAUGGGGAUUGGCUCGCUGUUACUCUGUUGCGUCCGGCUCGAGGAUCGGGACGGUGCGAACGGGACCCCCCACAUGUUCAAGACAUGAACGAGUGUGUUCGAUCGGAGCUUUCCUCUCUCACGGAUCGAGUUGUCUCAAUUUCUAUCGGGUAUUUUUUUUUUAUCUUCACGGGCGGUUAGGGUUGUCUCAGGACUACCGCUCUGACCGCAAUUCGCCAGCAAACGCGAGUGCAGAAGACUAAAUCGAAGUCAUUGGCUGCCAAUAUCGCAAUUAAUAGAUCUCGAUUAAAAGCGGCCUGCCGCGCGGACAUGCGAACCAGUUUCUAUCAAAAAAACUCGGUGGACGCCUUGCCGCGGACGGCCAACGGGACAUCCGGAGCGUCACGGCCCAAUUCCGGGGGGCCACCCAUGGUAUCGUUCUUUGUCUCCUGCACUUACAUGCAGCAUCCCACUCCGCACUAUCGAAAGCUUCCUCGUUCGCAUCACAUCUAAAGAGCCCUCGCCUCUUCAAGCUGCGUCUCAAGUCGAGGCCUGUGAUCUUAUCGGGGACCGCUUGGUGGCACCGCAACAAAACUCCAAGAAAAACUCUAGCGAUGGGACGCCCGCGCUGACUGCCGGCUC